UUAUCGGCGGAACGUUAAACCUGUCCAAGUUGAUAGUCAUCUCGCGAACAUUGACUAACUUUCCUUCUCAUUCCAGCAGGACGCGAGACCAAAGACGGGGCUCCCCACCAGUCUGGCUCGCAGCCGGUCACAUGACUGAGCCGCCAGACGCCACUCAGCUCCGCUUCUGCUGGACAAACGUGGAGCUGCUGGUCAGAUGCGACACGACGCUCCGGCUGAUGUGAGAGGACAAACUUUUGGGAUACAUGCGCUGCUCCGUGCCUCCGUGCUAAGAGAUCGCCAGACCCCUGACCUCACCGCGUGUGACAGAUAGAUGGGGUCAUAAAAGGAAAACUUUGCAGAGCUUUGUUCGCGCUGAGGAGGCUGGAUGUGGGCUGAGUGAGCCGGAGAUACUUCCACUGUCCUGAACUCUCCCAAACCCACCGGCAGGAUGAGGGUGAUGAUGAUCGCGACCCUGCUCCUCUUCAAUGUCAUCGAUCACGGAAGCUCUUCAGUUUCGGCGGCCUUAGACUGUCAUGUAGCGGAGCAGUCCUGCAUCCGGGAGCAGUCCUGCCUGGUCCCAUACCGCCUGCUGGAGUACUGUGCCGCGGAAGAGGCGGUGGCGCCUCUUGCGCAGGAAGCCAGGAUGGAGUGUUUAGAAGCCCAAAGUUCGCUGCAGCAUUAUCGACCACUUCAGGUCUGCAAGUGCCAGCGUGGCUCUCGCAGGGAGGAGCACUGCCUCAGGGUCUACUGGACUGUGAGGUUUGCUGCGUAUGAGGAGUACGAUGUGUCGCCGUAUGAAGAGCUGAAGGUGAACCUGGUCAGGAACAUUGAGAUGUCACACAUGGCCUCCAUCAUGGCAGCGGCUUCCGCUCUGUCUGUGGACGGCCAGAACCAGUGUCUGCGCGCGGCCCAGGACUGCGGCCUCUAUGAGAAAUGUGGCUCCUUGCGGUCGGAAUAUGUCGUGGCCUGCACCAAGAGAGCAGCAGCCUCUGACAACAGCUGCAACCGACAGAAAUGCCACAAAGCCCUGCGGCGUUUCCUGGAGCGGGUUCCUGAAGAGUACAGCUUCGCGCUGCUCUUCUGUCCCUGCACUGACACUCUGUGUGGUGAACGGCGUCGGAAAACCAUUGUCCCGUCCUGCUCCUAUGAGGAGAACGUGCGUGGAGAGGAGAGAACCGGCAAACCCAACUGCCUCAGUCUGCAGAACUACUGCUCCAGGGAUGAGCUGUGUAGAUCCAGAUUUGCGGAUUUCCAACACAACUGCCAGCCGUCUCCCACGUCUGCCUCCGGCUGCGUGCGAGACAGCCGAGCCAUGUGCCUCAAGGCCUACGCUGGACUCAUAGGAACCAUCAUGACGCCCAACUAUGUGAGCAACAGCAGCACGGAGGUGUCGCAGUGGUGCACAUGUGACGGCAGCGGCAACGAGUGGCAGAGCUGUCAACGCAUCCAAACCCUCUUCAGGAACAAUAUAUGUCUGCGCAGUGCCAUCAGCUCCAUGGGAGUCUUUGCACCUCCUCCUGUGGUAAAUACUCCGCUGCCAGCUUCCCAGCCUUCCCCGCGCCUCCACCAGGAGAGAGUCCACGUCAGUGUGAAUACUAUUCCUGAGUUUAAAAGCAGCAUGGAGGAGAGCAAAGAAGAAGAGCCGGAGAAGGUGGCAAGUGAGGAGUUUAACAUCAUCCCUCCUUAUUCCGAGAAGGACUCUGACAUUGAAUCUGGAGCUCAGGGGAGUCAAAAAGGAGGCGCGUUUCGGGCGGCUCCCGUGGCGCUGUUGCUGCUGGUGUCUGCGCUUGUUCUGUGCUGGGAGAGCUGGAGCUACUAAACAUCCAUUUCAUGUUUGCGUUCAACUGGCUUGGUUGAAUGAAACGAAAAGUCGCCUUGAGCUGUAUCAGAAUACCUCUUAGUUGAAGUUUAUCAGUGGUCCGUCUCCAUGCGUCCUGUCUGUCCUCUUUUGUGGAAGGAAGUGCCCAGAUAUGAGAGCGCGGAUGGACUGAGAAGAGCGGCCUGGGCCAAUACUGUCUCUGGAUUCUGCUUCAGACUCUCUUCUUUUAACAAGAAGCACAUUGCCCAGGGCCAUAUUCACUGUACGUGCUCCCGAAAAACCCACAACCAGUCCACUCUUGAGUCUGAGCGCCGCUUUUGAUUUCUAUUUCAUGACUCGUGUCACAUCCUUUCUUCAGCGUUCCCUUUGGCUCUGCUGCUUCCGACGUACGCUUGAGUGGGGAAACUCACUUUGCAACAACCCGAUGAGAGACUGCGCCAAUUCUAAUCGCUUUUAAAGCGACACAACAGACAUGAGCUGUUGGAUCCGUCUGCAUGUUUUGUCGGUGUGCGUCCUCUUUAUCUGUUGUUUAUGCGCCUCUUUCUGUGCUAUUCCCACCGAGAGUAGAAAUCCAGACCCAGUGAAAUGUAAUUGUGUUGUGGAAAUGAAGAGCGACUAUAAGCAGUUACAGCACAAUUCAAGUGACGCAGCUUGCAUGGAAAAUCAGAAAUGAGGCCCCGGGGAAGGGGUAGCCAAUUUACUGCUGUCAUACCCUCGCACUUCUUUAUCCUGAGGAGACGCGUGAAGCGAGCUCUCUCCUCAUCAAGCACUUCAGAUGCUGCGCGAGGAAGUCGCAGGGACGGCGACGACGGACAUGAGAUUUCGUGAAGCCUGCUGGCUGCGGAUCGCAGACGCGCACAUCCCGACCAUCCUCCACGCUUGGGAUCACUUUUGCUGAUGUCAUUGAUUUCCAUUCUCCUCGUGGCUCAGUUUGGUGUGAAAUUACGCUUCAGAAAGGAAGGGGAAAGGAUGAGUCAGGUGAUCUUAAGGAGGAUAAACACGAUGACGGCUCAUGCAGUGGAACCAGCCCUUCUCAUGGUCAGCAGAGAAUGAAAUUAGCUUGCCAUUAUAAGCGCUGGGUUCUAACCAAACGACACUUCCUCCGUGAGAUACGUUCGCACCAAAUGCGACUUGUGGAGUGGAGUAGUCGCCGGUUUCUCUCAAGUCAUAUUGAAAAGAGGGGGGCUAACACUAGAGGGAAUCCAACAUGGUGGAUGAGAGGGGGCCAAAUCGUCGCCCUUUAUAUACUGUGGUGGUAUAUUAAAAUCAAAUAGAGUUGGACGUCGCCAUCUCUAGUCGUUGGGUUUGAUGCGACAAAAGUGUCGCUUGAAAUGCGAGUCUCCCUAAAUAUGUAUCUUGCCCUGCACCCAUAUUGUAUCACACCACUCUCAUUCACACCUUUACAUGAACUUUCAACCGGUACUUUUGUCGCUAAAUGGUAUUUGGUUUCUCAAAACAAAAGACUACAAUUGACUUGCCCCAAACCUGUUGCUGUCAAAGGUAGAUCCUACUGGCAAGUAUGAUCCUGCCGUAACAUUGACGUAAUGCGUUAGAUAAUCGGAACUAUCUCACUUCUAACCUUCCUCAUCGGGUACCAUGAGUAAUUUUACACCCUUAUGUGGUGUUACAGCCCUCAACAUACUGAACCUUCCUCCUCCGUGGUGACAGGAAAAGUCGACUUUUGUCCGUAAUUCUAUACUUUUACGGAAGAUAGGCCUGUAGCGAAGAGUAUUCCAGGGAUGAAGAUAAAGAGGGUUUGUCUGAUGUCUUCACUGUCUUGUGUACUGUGUCACCACUAGCCAAACUUCCAGUUGUUUUAUACUUAUUUGUUCAUUACAGUACAUGAGGAAAGGAUGUCUGGACCAAACUAGCAAGUAUAUAAAACUGCAGCGAAUAUAACUGCAGUGCAUUAGACGGCGUGAAAGAAAGAUGAACACAAAGAGGGGCGACUUCAGAAGCCCAGCUGCUCAAAUAACAGUGUGAGUCAGACGACAUCUGAGGUGUGAGUGGCGUGGCCACGCCUCCUGACUUUAGGGUUCAGUGCAAAACAAGUCAUCAAUAAUCACAUUUAUUCACACAAGACUGGCACUAUUGAUCUUGUGGCGUUAAAUGUCGACCACAAUUGGAGAGGGAUAACACGGUGGGGGCUGUCUGGGUUCAUGUCUGGUUGCGACCAGGAAGGAAAGGAUUUUGCAGUCUGAAUCUAACACAAUAGAUCUAUUUAGAUUUGGGAAAAAAUAGGGCUUUUUUGCUUAAAACAUCACAUACAGAUUACGAUAUACCUUACAUGGGCAUUAAAAAAAAUCACACAACACAUAAUAUUUAAAAAAAUAUUCCCCUUAUUGAAUAACUGAAGACAUUUUCUAAAACGUAAAGACAACUAGGUUCAAACUAAGGGUGCUUUUCCCUCUUUUCCAGUGCAUGAGUUUAAUGUCCUUUUUUAAGUUUUCCACAUCCCUGGUGCUCAAUCUCCCAUUGACCCUUCCACAUUACACAACUUUUGCAAAAUGCUUUGAUUCAAAAUGAUCCACAGUAAAAAGCUAGAGUGCCCAUUACUGCGCUUGAAAAUUCAGUUCCUCAAUCUUGCAGUCCAGGUCGAGUUUUGUGUUUAUCAUCCAAGAAGUGGAAGUCGCUUACAUUUCACACAUCAGAAAGCUCUGGUAUCUGCUUGGUAUUCAAACAGUUUUGUAAUAAUAGCAGUGUAAAAACCCCAAAAUGACCGCGGCCAAACUAAUAUAACUGAAGGCAGAAAGAAAUUAGACACUUUUUCACCAUGGAAAUAUGUUCACUGGAGUGUAACAUGUUUGGAUGAUACAUCUGGUGCCACGGCCAGUACCAUUAUUGGGAGGCUGGCAGCAGGAAGUUCUUGAUCAUUCGGACCAAACAGAAGGAAAUGAAAAGUAGGGCUGCAGAAACUUUAAUAUUCUGACUGAACUACACGACACGUUGUUUCCCCUGCGAAUCCUGGGCUGAGGUUAAGAGUGAGAGAUAUUGUUUCCCGCCAAAUAUUUUUCAAUCAUUUUUUUCCACUGUUUUUGUAAAUAAUGUAAACAUCUGCAGCCACUGCUUGUAUUUUUCAGUGUGCAUCUCAACAGGAAGCAAACAAUGAUGUAAAUACUCGCAAAUUAGACCAUGUCCAGAUCAUGAAAAUGUACGGUUUGCUUUUCACUGUUUUUUAAAAUCAAGCUGAACCAUGACGAUGUGACAUCUGUUUACGUGUGUUCUGACCGAACCGUGUUCAGUUUUGUUAAAAGAUGAAUAAAAUCAAUGUA